CACACACUCUGCUGGAGGAGCUGUCUGUGUGAGGGGAGAAUGUCAGGGAGCAGUCAGCCACAGGACCUGGUGCUCAUUAAAGAACUAGAGCUCAUCUUGGAUUCCUGCACACUGGAGCUCACACCAGUGGAUGAAGUCUGGCCCAACCUGUACAUAGGAAAUGUUGCGGUGGCACAGAAUAGAAAGACAUUAAAUAAGCUCGGCAUCACUCAUGUCCUGAACGCAACACACUCCAAGCAGGGCAGCAUCGGUGACCAGAGUUUUUAUGGGGACUCCUGCGUUUACUUUGGCAUCCCAGCAGAGGAUUCAGACCGCUUCGACCUCAGUGAGAACUUCAAACCUGCAGCUGACUUCAUACAUAAAGCCCUGAAGAGCAAAGAUGGAAAAGUGCUGGUGCAUUGCAUCAUGGGAAUGAGUCGAUCAGCCACAUUGGUCCUGGCUUACUUAAUGUUGCGGCAGCGUUUCAUUCUGAGAGAUGCUCUGAAACACAUCGUCCAAAAGCGACCCAUUUAUCCAAACAAGAACUUUCUGUCUUUGCUCCUCAAACUGGAUCAACAGCUGACAUUCAAACGGAGGUUGUGUCCUCUUUUAUGACACCUCUCCCUCUCUUUCUUCUCCUCCCUCAUCACAUUAGACCUCUAUUCCCAUGAGUUACACACACGGAAAAUAUCUGUAAAUAAUACUCCUUUUGACUUUUAAAGUUACUUUUCAUGCACAGGUUUAACUUCUGGCUACAGCAGCAAUGAUCAUGUGUUGUAAAAAGUGUAUUUAUUCUCUUUGUAUUAUUUUCAUAUUCAAACUGUAUUCAAAUGUUCCCUGCCAGAGUUGUUCUGCAUGUACACAAGCUUUGUAAAUAUAGCUUUAUGACUCAGUGUGAAUAUGAAUUAAAGACAUUUUGUGUUAUUUAA